UCUCUGGAACCCAACAGAAAAAUCCCCAAAUGGCCCUUCCAAAUUCUUCUCCGAAACCCUUCGAUCCUUCUCGAACACCCCAAGUUCUUCCCCAUUAAUCUCUCACGUUCUCCGCCAUUUCCCUCUAUAAUUUCCACCUCCUCACCAUUUUCUUGUAGAUUCAUUCUCCACGACUUCUUCUUCUUUCUCACAAAUCACUCACCAAUGGCUUUCAGUUCCGCAGUAGCAUCGCAGCUCCACAUUUUCCGAUCCUCCAAUCUCCGAUUUCCGGAUUCCAACAAAUCCUGGAAUCGGGGACGGCGACGUACAGCGCCCGCCGUAAUCCGGUGCGAGAAGGUCGUUGGAAUCGACUUAGGAACGACGAACUCGGCGGUCGCGGCGAUGGAGGGAGGGCAACCGACGAUCGUGACGAACGCGGAGGGACAGAGGACGACGCCGUCGGUUGUGGCGUACACGAAGACUGGCGAUCGGCUAGUCGGUCAGUUGGCGAAGCGGCAGGCGGUGGUUAAUCCGGAGAAUACUUUCUUCUCCGUGAAGAGAUUUAUUGGAAGGAAGAUGGCGGAGGUGGACGAGGAGGCUAAGCAAGUCUCUUACAAGGUUAUCGCCGAUGAGAAUGGGAAUGUGAAGCUCGAUUGCCCUGCCGUCGGCAAGCAAUUCGCCGCCGAGGAGAUUUCCGCUCAGGUUUUAAGAAAGCUGGUGGAUGAUGCAUCAAAGUUCUUGAAUGAUCAAGUAGGAAAAGCUGUAGUCACAGUCCCAGCAUAUUUCAAUGACUCGCAAAGGACAGCGACGAAAGACGCUGGUCGAAUUGCCGGUCUCGAAGUUCUUCGCAUCAUCAAUGAACCAACUGCUGCUUCUCUUGCUUAUGGCUUUGACAAGAAAACCAACGAGACUAUUCUCGUUUUCGACCUCGGGGGUGGAACGUUUGAUGUCUCAGUUCUUGAGGUUGGAGAUGGCGUGUUUGAGGUUCUUUCUACUUUAGGUGAUACACAUUUGGGUGGUGAUGAUUUUGACAAGAGGAUUGUCGAUUGGCUUGCCGAGAGCUUUAAGAGGGACGAAGGAAUCGAUCUUUUGAAAGACAAACAAGCGCUGCAACGUCUUACGGAAACGGCCGAGAAGGCGAAGAUUGAGCUAUCAUCUUUAACACAGACCAAUAUUAGUUUGCCAUUUAUCACUGCGACCCGAGAUGGUCCGAAACAUAUCGAUACUACACUUACUAGGGUGAAGUUUGAAGAGUUGUGUUCAGACUUGCUAGAUAGGCUGCGAUCGCCGGUGGAAACGGCUCUAAAGGACGCGAAGUUGUCGUUCAAAGAAAUAGAUGAAGUCAUCCUUGUCGGGGGCUCGACUCGUAUCCCAGCAGUUCAAGAGCUUGUUAAGAAAAUGACAGGUAAAGAACCGAACAUGACAGUAAAUCCCGAUGAAGUGGUUGCGCUCGGGGCUGCAGUUCAGGCUGGUGUUUUAGCUGGAGAUGUCAGUAACAUUGUUCUCUUAGAUGUCACACCGCUCUCUCUCGGUUUGGAAACUUUGGGCGGAGUAAUGACCAAAAUCAUUCCGAGGAACACGACGUUACCAACAUCCAAAUCUGAGGUGUUUUCGACAGCAGCAGAUGGACAAACAAGUGUUGAGAUUAAUGUAUGUCAAGGCGAACGAGAGUUCGUUCGGGACAAUAAGUCUCUUGGACGAAUUCUCCUCGACGGUAUCCCACCCGCACCCCGCGGCGUUCCUCAGAUCGAAGUGAAAUUCGACAUCGACGCUAAUGGUAUUCUCUCUGUCACUGCCAUUGACAAGGGAACUGGGAAGAAGCAAGACAUCACAAUCACUGGCGCGAGUACUCUACCAAGUGACGAGGUGAAUAGAAUGGUUAAAGAAGCAGAGAAGUUCGCAAAGGAAGAUAAAGAGAAGAGGGAUGCCAUAGACACAAAGAACCAAGCAGAUUCUGCUGUGUACCAAACUGAAAAACAGCUAAAGGAGCUCGGAGACAAAAUUCCCCAAUCCGUUCGAGAGGCUGUCGAGGCUAAGCUCAACGUCCUUAAGGACGCCAUUGCUAACGGGUCGACCGAAAAAAUCAAAAUCUCCAUGACUGCACUGAAUCAAGAAGUAAUGCAGAUGGGGCAGUCCCUCUACAGCCAAGGAGCAGCCUCCAGCGACGGGACUGCAUCCGGAACUCAGUCCGCUUCAUCGAGAUCAGCUGGAGAAACUGAUGGCGAUGUUAUCGACGCAGAUUUCGUGGAUAGCGAAUGACUUUGUGCAGUAGGUACGAGGUAUAAGUAAUUUGGCUUUUGUAUCAAUUUUGAAUUACUUGGUUUAGAAUAUAUUGUGUGCAUAUCUAGUUUAGAGUUUAGAUGAUGUAUAAAUUUCAAUUUCUAUGCCUUUGCCUUUGGAAAUGGUAGAAUUGUACUGUCCCAAGAAGAAGUUAAAUUGUACAAAUCAUUACAAAUAAUAUAUUAGUUUUUGAA